AGAAGUAGCUCGGCACAUUCAGUGUGGGGAGAAGCUGUGAGGUCAACUUUGUUGCUCUGAAACUUCGGAAUAUUCGUAAAAAAUUGUCCAAAUUGCCAAAACCCCUCGUGAAUCCAUGGGCUACCCCUAGAGUGGGAGGUUUUGAGCGCAGUUCGCCCAGCCGGGGGGCCUCGCCACUCACUCUUGUGACACUUUUUUUUUUUGUGUACUGGAAAGAAUGUGGGAGACAGUUAGCCGGCUAGCUAGUUAGCAGCUAGCUAGCCGAGGAGGUGACACGGGCGGCAAGCAGCGCGAGAGAACAAAAGAUUUUUAUUUUGAUUUUUUUUUUUCUGUCUGUACUGACACACAAGUCCAUGCAGAACGUGUUGUUAGCACCACAAAAUGCCCGUUUUACUUUUCCUGGUAGACACGUCCGCGUCCAUGAACCAGCGCAGCCAUCUGGGCACUACCUAUCUGGACAUAGCAAAAGGCGCUGUUGAGACUUUUAUGAAGCUCCGAGGGAGAGAUCCGGCGAGCCGAGGGGACCGGUACAUGUUGGUAAAUUAUGAAGACAUUCCGUUCGGGAUCAAGGCGGGAUGGAAAGAGAGCCACGCCACGUUCAUGACGGAGCUGAGGAACCUUCAGGCCACCGGGCUCACCAGCGUGGGCCAGUCACUGAGGACUGCCUUUGACCUGCUCAAUCUCAAUAGACUAGUGACUGGCAUUGACAACUACGGGCAGGGAAGGAACCCAUUCUUCCUUGAGCCCGCUAUCAUCAUCGCCAUUACUGACGGCAACAAGUUGACCACCAGUGGGGGAAUCCAAGACGAGCUCCAUCUUCCCCUGACAACGCCCCUGCCUGGCAGCGAGCUGACUAAGGAACCCUUCCGCUGGGACCAGCGCCUGUUCGCGUUAGUAUUGCGCAUCCCUGGCCACGCGUCGGUGGAGCCCGAGCCGGUCGGCGGCGUCCCGUCCGACGACUCGCCCAUCACGCCCAUGUGUGAAGUCACCGGAGGGCGUUCAUACAGUGUGUUUUCCCAGCGCAUGUUGAAUCAGUGUCUGGAGUCUCUGGUACAAAAGAUCCAGAGUGGCGUCGUCAUCAACUUCGAGAAGACCGGGCCGGACCCUCCCCCGCUGGACGAUGCACCACCAGAGGCAUUAAAGCCCGGCCCGCAGCCUUGGCACUGCUGCCACAAGCUCAUCUACGUCCGGCCCAAUCCCAAAACAGGCGUUCCCAUCGGACACUGGCCCGUACCUGAGGCAUUCUGGCCGGACCAGAACUCCCCCACGCUGCCCCCCCGCUCGGCCCAUCCGCACGUUCGCUUCUCCUGCUUGGACGCCGAACCCAUGGUGAUCGACAAGGUUCCCUUUGACAAGUACGAACUGGAGCCCUCGCCGCUCACCCAGUACAUCCUGGAGAGGAAGUCUCCGCACACCUGCUGGCAGGUGUUUGUAUGCAACAGUGCCAAGUACAGUGACCUGGGCCAGCCCUUUGGCUACCUGAAGGCCAGCACAGCCCUCAACUGCGUCAACCUGUUUGUCAUGCCCUACAACUACCCUGUACUUCUGCCGCUUCUGGAUGACCUCAUCAAAGUGCACAAGUUCAAGCCCACCCUGAAGUGGCGGCAGUCCUUUGAGAACUACCUGAAGACCAUGCCUCCGUACUAUAUCGGGUCGCUGAGGAAGGCACUGAGGAUUAUGGGAGCUCCCAACCUUCUGGCGGACAACAUGGAAUACGGCCUGAGCUACAGCGUGGUCUCCUACCUCAAGAAACUCAGCCAGCAGACCAAAAUGGAGUAUGACCGCCUGAUCGCCUCCAUUGGGAAGAAGGCGCUGCCCGAGUCCGGCGUCAAGGUACGGUGGAGGGGAGGAGGAAUCUCGCUGGCCCAGCGCAGAGACUUCAUCCAACAGCUUCAGAGUUUCUCGGGUGAUGCCCCUGCGCCUCCCCUGGAGCUCAACCCUAAAGAGUUCCAAGGCUUCCACCUAGCGCUCCUCAACAAGAGCUUGAAGCCUCAGAGCUUCCGGAACCCAUAUGACGUCCCCCGCAGUCACCUGCUGGACCAGCUCAGCCGCAUGAGGAGAAACCUUCUCAAUACCACAGUCUGCACCCUACGAGGCUAUGACACAGAUCAGCUCCACAGCGUUCCCAUCGCCCAGAUGGGGAACUAUCAGGAUUUUCUGAAAGCCGCUCACCAGCCCCUCCGAGACGCAGACCCCGAGCAACCCAAGCGCCUUCACACCUUUGGCAACCCCUUCAAGCUGGAUAAGAAGGGCAUGAUGAUCGACGAGGCUGAUGAGUUUGUGACAGGCCCUCAGAACAAAGGGAAAAGGCCUGCAGACAACAAUAUGACAGGCGGCGGACCUAAGAGGAGGCGCUGCAUGUCGCCCCUGCUGCGCUUGGGUCGGGCCUACACCCCACCCAUUACCCCUCCAGCAAGCCCCCGAGCGACUUCAGACGUGGAUGAGCGCGACGGAGAACCAGAACUGAUUAUCAACCACCUCAAUCAGAACCACUUCAGCAGCACAGAUCCAAGCUCCGACUCAGAUGCAUUGGGUCAUGCCAAUCCCCGGGAGAACCACUCUGGCCCGCAGCAUGCCCAGGACCAGGACAACGAGGAGGAGAAUGGUCAGCUGGGUGAGGAUGGCGAAGAAGGGGAGGAGGGGGGCGCCGAAGUCAUCCUGGUAGGGGAACACCCACCCCGGUACCUUUCGCCCGCUGCUCUGAAGAAGCACAUCCACAACGAGACCACAAAAGUCAACAACGAGCUGAGGGGGCUCAUCACCAAGGAGAUCCGGAAGCCUGGCAGAUACUAUGAGAAGAUCUUCUACUUCCUGAAGCAGAUCCAAGGCAACCUAGACACUCAGCUCAUCUUCCUCCAAAACAUCAUCAAAGAGGCGGCCAGGUUUAAGAAACGUGUUCUGAUCGAGCAGCUGGAGAACCUCCUGGAAGAGAUCCACAACAGAUCCAACAACAUGAACCAUGUAGACGCACUCUGACCGCCGCCUUGUCCCCCUCCUAACUGAACUUCUAACCGACCCACUAACAAAGAGGACUUGUUUUUUUGACUCACCACUCGCACACGAGGUGUUGGUUUUCAGCCCGGAUGACGUGAGGACUUCCUCUGUUCUAUGGUCUAUGGUGACGACUUCCUACGACGUUUUGGGCCUUUGGAACAAAUAGGUUUCGGUUUCUGUGAAACCAAAUCGGCCGGUCGUCACCCACUGACGAUCUAGAACCUUAGGGAGCACUUGACUGGUCGUACAAAUAAUUUUUUUUUAAAUUAAGUAGCACUUUGAGGGGUUUUCAUCCUAAUUUGACUUUCCACGAACACAAGCACUCCUUGAUAGUCCCACAAAGAGAUUGACAGGACUGGCCGGGAGACAAUGGAUGAGCAAGUUGCAGACUGAUGGUCAACCAACUGACCAUACUUCAACCCAUGUCGCUAAACGCACUCACCGUAACUGAUGUAUUGCAGGCAAAUCACUGCCGAACAACAGACGAGUCUGGAACUGGUGGUCGACUGACUGGGGACAGUGUGUUGACCAAAGAGCAACUGACAUCAGACGCGCGAUUAAGAAAUGUUCAACCAACGGGUGGCAGACAGUUGACAGACAUCUUGACUUUUCCACCAACUGGUGGCGAAUGGUUGAACAAAGGAAACUGGGACGAGUCACAGAUGUUGGUCAACCAACGGGUGACAGAUGGUUGACCAAAAGGCGACUGACGUCAGACGAGCACUUGACAAGUUGUCAAUCAAUAGAUGACAGACAGUUGACUGAUGGUAACUUAUAUAGUUUAACAGUAUGUUUUCCAAGCAACUGACUGGUGCCCAGCAGACAGACUGGUGGUCAACCAACUGGGUACUGAAGUUUGACCAAACAGCGGUUGAUGUUUCACAAGCAAUUGACAGGUGACCAAUGGACGAUCUCAGACGACUGGUCAACUAAAUGGUGACACACAGUUGACAUUGACAAGUGAUUGACUGGUGACCAUCAGAGACACAACCAAAGGGUGACCGAUGGUUAACCAGUGGUAACUGAUGUCUUGCAAGCAGCUAACUGGUCGGUGGUGACCCAGGAACCAGUCUCAUACUGGUGAUCAACCAUCUGGCAACCAAAUCGUUGAUAAAAGGGGGGCAACUUACAUUUGACAAGCAAUUGAUGGUGACAAUCAAACAAGUCUGACUGGGGUUCACCUGAUAGGUGACCACUUGGUUGAUUGAUGGUAACUGAUGUCUUGCAAGUAAGUGACUAGUGAUUAGCAGAGAAAUCUCGGACCGUUUCCCAACCAAUGGGUGACAGAUGGUUGACCAAAGGGAAACUGACAUCUGACAAGCAGUUGACUGGUGACCAACAAAUGAGGUACAUACUGCUGGUCAACCAACGAGUGACCCGACGGUGACUGACAUCUGGCAUCUGACAAUGAUUGAUGGUGAUGAACAAAAAAACUCUCAGACUGGGGUUCAACUGACAGGUGAUUGGUUGGUUGACUCAUGGUUACUGAUGUAUUGCAAGCAACUGACUAGUUGCGACUGGUGACCAAUUAAUGAAUGAUUCAGAUUGUUGGCCAGCCAACUGGAGACUGAUGGUUGACCGAAACUGACUGGUGACCAACAGAUGAGACCAACCUCUGACUAGUGGUCAGCCAAAGGGCGACUGACAUCUGACAAGCGAUUCACGGACGAGUGACAGACUGGUGGUCAACCGACAGGCGACCAGACGGCUGACCAAUGGUAACUGAUAUCUUGCAAGGAACUGACUGGUUACCAACAGAAGGGUCACUUCCUGUUGGUCAACCCGCAGGUGACAGAUGGUUGACCAAAAGGUGACUGACAUGUGGUUGAAUGGUAACUUUUUAUUGACCUAUUGGUUAACCAGCAGGCAACCAAAGAGAAAAUGAGCGGGUGGCAACUGAAUAGGUGACUCAAGGGCGACCGGCAGAUGCAUGAAACGCAAUGUGCCCAACGAAUGACUGACCAGUGAAUAACUUAGUCGCAGCAGAUGGGUGACCAGUCCGUGACAGACUGUUGACCAAGGGGUAACCAAAACAGCAACCGCUUGACCAACAUGCGACCAUAGAGCAAAUGAUCUUUGACGUACUGGUACUGUGUGUCACCCGGUGAGCAGCAACAAACGAGUUGAUUCUUCUGCGGUAUUGACAGGGACAAAAAGCUCAGGAAGUGACAUUUAAUCUUGCACUUGUGUACAUUUGCAGACAUAUUUUAAUGUCAUUGAAAAGAGCGCCUGGGUGGUUGUAAAUGUGAUUUCUUUUGGGCGGGCUGUGAAAUCCUUAAACCACGCAAACUUGAGGUCCUUUGCAAUUUGUUUGGGUUGUUCCGAGUGCUCCAAACCACGCUAACUUGCGUGGCUUUGCAGUUUCUUUGGGCGGGUUCUGUAAUUUCUAAUGCCAUGCAAAAACAUGACUUGCUUUCUGACCUGGACCAAAAUCUGCCAUAGGUGUGUUUAUUUGUUUGUUUGUGAGCAGGCUACCAAAAGAGUAUUUUGAAUACACUGUAAAGCUGUACAUAACUCUAGAGUAAUAUUUAAAAGAUGUUGUGGUGGACAAAAUAAUAAUGGCCUUUUUGUAAGUAUUUCCAUGAAUAAAAGUCUCUAUUUUACACUGUGAACGGCCACCGUCUUAAUAAAGCCUCGCUAAAUAUGUGAA